AUGCGCACUCGUUCGCAACAAGCAUCACCUGGUGGCUUCAUAUCACUUGAUGAUGACCGCGCCCCCCGCCGGACCAGGUCUACGAGAAGCAACACCAAUCAAGAUACUGCAACACCAGCGCAACCUGCAGCCCGCGCGAAGCCUCAACGUACAGCUAAAAAGACAGCUGCUACCACGAAGAAGCCUACAACUAAGUCUCAAACGCGGAAAACAUCUACGACAAAACGCGCGACGCGCCAGUCAACACGACAGGCUGGAAACACCACAUCUGACGAUGAUGCCCACCCUACAAUUAAGGAUGACGAUAUAACCAGAAACAUAUCUGCGGCCCAGAAGACCACCCCCGAGAAGGAACCCGAAAUUAUUGCAUCCGAGAACAAGUCAAAGUCUGCAUCUUUUGAAGCAGAGAAUGGCAGUAGUGAGUCAUACCCAUGCGAAUCGUUUUAUUACAAGGACCCAUUCCCCCCCAAGGACCCCAAGGAUCGCAACCAUCACGACGCCCUGGACUCCCAGGGAAUCAGGGCUGCCUCGUGUCUACAAGAAUUUAUCGACACCCUGAGCGUCUGCUCGCCUCUGACCGAGAGGUCGAGAACGCCAUCCUUGGCGUCAGUGGACAAGACCGAGGCAGUCCUGGCACCGCGUACCGCGCAGGAGUCGGGUGCCAUCCCCAGCGAGACUUCGAAAACCACAGAUAAGCACGUCAGCAAAGUCUCAGCACCGACUCCUGCUGCGGAGGAGCGCGAGCCACCUGCGGAACCAACCGUGGCGGAGCCAAUGGGAGCCACCCUCUCAACAUCCUCCGAGCAGUCUACUACUGCCUCAUUGGCUUCCGCUGCGGGCUCCGGAGGAGUGGCAGUCGUGGAGGACGGGCUGGUAGGCGCGCUGGUUACGGCCUUCGCCGGAUUGUCCUUGGACGAUCUUGCGCCUCGCCCGCCUGAUGAAGCGACUGGCACUCUGAUGGAGUCGACUACCGCGCCGAUUGGAGAGCCUGUUGAGCCAACCCGCAUCGCUCCCCCAAACCUCCCGGCUUCUCAACAACAGUGGGUUCGGGAGUGGGCUCAGCAGGUCCCUUCCACGGGGUACCUUCAUCCUAUCACGGGACAACUCGUGGGAGGGCCGUCGGCGUCGGUUGAGUUGGCGGGAGAGCCUACUUCCAACAGUGGCUCCCCGACCCGUCAGGAUGGGGUUCGGGACUACUACCUGCGAAAGCGGCGGCGCGAAGUUCAAGUGUUGUCCCCGUUGCAAGAAGAUCAAGAAUCGCAGAGCAGUCCCGGCCCCGGCUCAGGUGUUCCUAACGUGGUUUCCCUGGGAAGUCCGGGAAACCGGCCAUCAACACCAAACAGAAACAAGCUGACACCCAAACCAGAGACCCGGAAGCGCGCCCGCUCGGAUACCAGUGACGAAGAGCGCAAUAACCCGCAAACACCUGCCGCCAACAAGCGUCGAAACCUUGGACCUCCUGGAAGCACGCCGUAUCGACCUGCCUCUCGCCCCCGCGCCUUGACUGCGAACAUCACCCCGUACUCCGAAAGACGACGAAGGCGCGCCGUCGAGAAGGAUGGCCGCAUUCACUCAACUGCUAUUCGUGUAUCUCAAUUACUCGCCCAGCAAGAAGCUGACCGGCGCCGUCAGGCAGCAGAGUCUUCUGCCCCUCUUAGUUCAUUCCCGGGGCUACCGCAAACAAACUUCGAAUUUUCUGUUGAUAAGGCUUAUGAUUUUAGUCAGAGUCAAGGGGAAGGACAGAGCUUAUCGGAUCAGUCUUCCACACCCCAACAACCGGUCACUCCGGAGCGCACCAGGGGUUGGAACAUCCGUGGUCUGCUUAACUCUGUACCCCGCAGGUUUUCCAGAAUUAUACCCACCUUUGGCAGGAGCCCCGAACGGAACCAAGAGCCAGUCCCUCUUCAACCCUCUUCCGAGCGUGCCAGUCGAACGCAAGCCCCUGAACCCGACUCGAGUGCUUCCCAGAACCAAACACAGUCUAACCGCGGUUCAAGCGAGGAACCGCCCCAGAAGCGCGCUCGCAAGUCUUGGUCUCUCUUUCCGCAGCCUUUCGACAGGUCUCUUUACCUUGGGGAUCUCUCUAAAAAGAAAUCAACCACCCCGUCUUCUGCUCCACUAUAUCGUCCUGCUGAUAAGCCAUUAGCGGAAGAAUCGAAGAGUCGAAAGUCAACCGCGUCAGACGGUCAGGCGAAUGCAGAUCAGGCACGCGAACUUGUUCAAGUCAGCGAAACAGAAGAAUCUGCGCAAAAGAAGCGUAAGCGGUCUCUGUCGCCUGACGUGAUUCCUAAUCCUCCCGGAUGUAGCUAUGGAUUGGACUUGGAUUAUUUCUGCUAUAGCUCGGAAAGCGAAGAGGAGCAAGAACUUCCGCAGUCACGAACCGAACAAAAGAAGCCUGAUCAUUCAGCCAAGGCUGCUGUUCGCAGCGCCUUACGCUCCGAGCGACCAUCAUCGAAGAAGGUUCGUUUCGAUGCGAGCCCAGAAAAUACGCCAUCCAAACUACGACUGCGUGCACGUGCAACCGACCCGUAUCAUGGGAGACACUUCAUUGGAAUGGGCAAUGAUUCCGACACCGCUGCUCCAGAGUCCCCUCCUCCUGUCUCUCAUGUCUCUGAUGAAUCUCCAAGCCGUGCUGGCUUUGUUCCGAACCUCCAGGGUACAUUCCAACUAGAUUAUGAUGCUUUCUCAGACGACUCGGAAUCGAGCGGAUUCUCUUCAGCAAAUGCCCCUGCCCCUAGUCCUCUACCUAGCUCACCGAACGUCGCUCGUGUUGAUAUUUCCGAAAGUUUGCAAUCACCAGACCUCCGCCCGGCCCCGCGUCAAGUGGCUACGGCUCCCUCAACUCCAGCGAAGAUUGACGAAGAAGCUCUCGCCAGGGCUCGCUCACAGGCGGAGAAGUACAAGCCCAAGACUCCCAGUGGCCUUCGUACUGCAAGCCGGUACUCGAGUCCUAUGACCGCUACACCCGACACUGUAUCCGCAUCUGCGCCCGUGGCCACACCGACACCUGCAUCUGCCGCCGAGCCCGCACCUGAGCUUGAGCAGCAACCUACUGAGGAUUUUGGUGACGAUGAAUUUGCUCGCGAGGCUCAGUGGCUUUAUGAGAAUUGCCCAUCUGGAGACCUUGGCGACCUGGUGUGGCCUCAGCCCGUAACUUAUGAAGAGCAAGAUUUCAGUCCCGAAGCGGUUACUCUUGUGAAUGAGGCCUGGGACCCCGCGAUGAUCGACUUUGCUUAUGCCAACAUCUGGACACCUGGCCUAGAGGCAUUCAAGCGCGAAUUGGAAUUAGGCAUGUCCGAGGUUGCACAGGCAUAG